AGACUGCCCAGCCGUCCCCAUUGUGAUGAACAACCCGUCUGAGACAGCGUGUGACGGCGACAGGACCUGUGGUUGAGGAGAAAGAAUGUCUACAGAGUGACACAAUCCGCAACGCCCGAUGACGACUUCGUGGUCUUCGCCAGACUUGCAGCCCCUGCUGCCACCAGCUGAUGACGAGGCAAUCAAUCAGGAAGGAUUCGAACCCACCGCGUGCGACGGUGAACUGUGUGCCAGCCGGGUAGGCGACGAGGACGACCAGAACGCGAGGACGACCAGCGGCCCCCACCCAUGGCAGUUGUACAAGGGACUGGCUUUCUGCACGCUAUCCAGCUUCUGCUUCUCCAUCUGCACAGUCAUCGUCAAGAGGCUAAAUUACAUCCCGGCUGCCGAGUUGGCCGCGGUUCGCGGCCUAGGCAUCCUGGUGUUCACGGCGCCCCUGCUGGUGCUUAGCCGCGAGCCCCCGCUGGGGCCCAGUGACUUGCGGGCGCUCCUCGUCCUGCGCGGCCUGCUAGGCGCCACCAACCUGUGCCUGAGCUUCUACGCCGUCCAGCACAUGCCCAUGGCCGACGCGACCGCCAUCGUGUUCAGCGUGCCCGUGUUCGUGCCCCCCAUGGCCAGGCUGUUCCUCGGGGAAUCGUGCGGCUUGUCCCACGGGGCCGCCGUGCUGCUAACCCUAACGGGGAUCGCUCUCAUCACGAGGCCGCCGCUUCUGUUCGGCGGUGACGCGCAACAGGCAGGACCCGCACAGACGCGAGGUGGCGUUGCGGCAGCGCUCGUCUCGACUGCGUUCGGCGCGAGCGUCUACAUCGUGCUGCGAAAGCUCAAGCACGUGCACCACUGGGUCGUCAUGUUCAGCUUCGGCUGGGUCGCCGUGCUGGAGACAGGCGCCUUCACACUGCUGACGUCUGGCGCUCAGCUUCAGCUGCCCCGCUGUGAUUACAGCGUCGACCGCUGGCUCCUCGUGGCGCUGGGGGCGCUCAGCUUCGGUGGCCAGGCGCUGGUGACGCUCGCCCUGAAGUCGGAGCAGGCCGGGCCCGUGUCCCUGAUCCGAUCGGCGACCAACAUCGUCCUGGUGUUCGCCUGGCAGGUGGCCUUCUUCGGCGAGCUGCCCGACCGCUACACCGUGUCUGGCGCCGUGCUCGUCACCGGCAGCGUGCUGCUCACGGGCCUACGCAAGUGGGCGCUGGCGUUUCCCGAAAGUUCGGUCACGCGAUCCAGGCUCGCGUGGUUCGUCGGCUGAAAAUGAGGGAUACGCGAAUAAUCGAAAUUUAUAUAAUCAAGAUAUGCUAGGAGGGAGAUGGAGGGGGCCGGUUAGUGCGCAUCUCAUCUUCCACUCCAGCUGCGGCGCCUGAGCGCGG